AUGGCUUCCAGGGCUGGUGGAUCCAUAGGCCGAGGUGCAGGCAGGGCUCAGGGCAACGCACCGGGAUCUCCACCACGACCUAUGCAGGGGCGAGUAGGGGAUGGACCGGGAGGAGCCGGCGCGAUCUUCGUUGGGGGGUUGCUUACCGUACCGGCGCCGACCUCUCGUCGCUCUUUCCGUUACGUCGGCCCUCGACCCCCUCCUUCGGGGCAGACGCCGACGCAGCCGGAGAGCGGCAGCGAGGAGGAGGAUGAGGAGGAGGAUGGUGAGGGCGAGAAGGAGGAGGACACUGAGGGGAGCGGGGAUGACAGCGAGGCGGCGUGGGACCCAGAGACGCAUGGCGAUGGGGAGGGGGGAGAUGAUGAUGAUGAAGACCACGAGAUGGAUGGGUUGGAGCCAGAGGGGCGGGAGGAGGAGGUGGGAGAGGGUGGUGGAAGGGCGGCGACAGAGGCGGGAUCACAGCAUGUGCGUGAAGGGGGAGGGAGCGUGGGGGUUAAGGGAGUGCCGGAUGGCUUCGUCUAUCAGUGGCCACAUGCCAAGACUUGGCCGCAGCUCGCCAAGGGGAAAGGGAUGGCGACUGGUGGAGGUCAUGGGUCAAGCGGGAUGGAGCGGUGGAUGACAACCAAACUGACCUCGGUGCAGCUACGGCAGGCGAUCACGAAGCUGAUGGUCACCUGCGACCUCCCCUUCCGCAUCGUCGAGGCCGAGGCUUUUCAUGAGCUACUCAUCCUGCUAAACCGCAACUGCGCGCAGAAGAACUUCAUCCCCUCGCGCUGGACGGUUUCCCGCGAUACAGUGGUCUAUGCGGCUGCCGCUCUUCAGUCAGCCAUUGCGGAGAUGCUGGCGAAGGAGGGGGAUCUGGGGUGCAGGGUGUCGUUCACCAUCGACAUGUGGACGUCGCCCAACAACAGGGCGUGGCUAGUGGUAACGGGUCACUGGAUCGACGAGAAUUACCAGCUGCGCACAAUGGUGUUUGAAUUCCGCGAGAUUCACGGGCGUCACACGGGCAAGCAGAUGGCGAGGGUGGUUGAGGAGACUGUGGUGCAGUGGGGGUUGGAGACGCGUUGUCUUGGGUUCACCUCAGACAACGCCUCCAGCAACACUGCCGCUUUCAGGUGGAUGUCGGAGGAGGGUGGUGGCCAGUGCUUCUUCAACUCGCGCAUGCACUUCCGGUACGAAAGGGAGUGUGCGUGGGAUGUGCGAUGA